AUGAAAGAUCUUGGAUCUUUAAGUUACUUUCUUGGCUUUAAAGUUGGCAUGUCACCCACUGGUUAUUUCAUAUCACAAGUCAAAUAUGCAUCUGAGAUUCUACAGCGUGCAGGGCUAUCUGACAAUAAGGUAACUGACACACCUCUUGAAUUGAAUGUAAAAUACAUUCCUACAUAUGGGACUCUAUUGUCUAAUCAAACACUGUAUCGUGAACUGGUAGGGAGUAUAAGUUACUUGACCAUUACGAGACCAGACAUAAGUCAUGCAGUUCACAUAGUCAGUCAAUUUAUGUCUGCUCUAAGGUCUACUAAUUAUGCAGCUGUUCUCAGAAUUCUAAGAUAUAUCAAGGGGUAUCUUCAUCAAGGUCUGUGUUUCUCAUCAAAGUCUGAUAUCACUCUUCAAGCUUACUCAGAUUCCGAUUGGGCUGUAUAUUACGGAUAG